AUGAGUUUAUACAACUUUAAAAAAAUCGCUGUGGUCCCCACAGCCAAGGACUUUAUCGAUAUAAUUCUAUCGAAAACACAAAGAAAGACACCAACAGUUGUGCACAAACAUUAUAAAAUAACGCGAAUACGAGCGUUUUACAUACGAAAAGUUAAAUUUACGCAGCAGAACUUUCAUGAUAGAUUAUCACGAAUCAUACAGGAAUUCCCUAAACUUGAUGAUGUCCAUCCAUUCUAUGCUGAUUUAAUGAAUGUACUCUAUGAUAAAGACCAUUACAAGCUUGGCCUUGGACAGUUAAACACAGCUAGACAUCUAAUAGACAAUGUAGCAAAGGACUAUGUGCGCCUGCUUAAGUUUGGUGACUCGUUGUACCGCUGCAAGCAACUGAAGAGGGCAGCAUUGGGUCGUAUGGCCACUAUUAUGAAGAGACAAUCUGCUAAUCUGACAUAUCUUGAACAGGUGCGUCAACAUUUGUCACGUCUACCAUCGAUAGACCCUUAUACACGCACAAUUAUCAUUUGUGGCUUCCCCAAUGUGGGAAAAUCCAGUUUUAUCAACAAGAUAACACGGGCAGAUGUAGAAGUUCAACCUUAUGCGUUCACAACCAAGAGUUUGUAUGUUGGACACACAGACUACAAAUAUUUGAGAUGGCAAGUGAUUGACACACCUGGCAUCCUUGAUCACCCACUGGAGGAGAGGAAUGUGAUAGAAAUGCAGGCGGUGACAGCCCUGGCGCAUCUCAGAGCUGCCAUCCUCUACUUCAUAGACCCUUCGGAGCAGUGUGGACACAGUAUUGAGGAACAGAUCUCCCUUUUCGAGAGCAUUAAGCCGCUGUUCUCAAACAAGCCUUUGAUAGUGGUCCUCAACAAGAUGGACGUGGCGAAGCCUGAAGAGCUGGCUCCCAACAAGCGCGCUCUAAUCGAGGACUUGGAGACCAACUGCGCUAAGGGUAACCUUGUUAAUGCGGACACAAACUCCGAGCUCCGCACCGUACCUGUUAUGAGGAUGUCCACCAUGACCGAGGAGGGUGUGCAGGAGGUCAAGAUAGAAGCCUGCGAGAGGCUACUUGGGCACCGGGUCACAGAGAAAAUGAGGACCAAGAAGGUGGAUGGCAUCCUGAACCGCCUUCACGUGGCGGUCCCCUCCCCGCGGGACACAAAGGCACGACCGCCCGUGCUGCCCCCCGGUGUACUUGCCAAGCAGGAGAAACGCGCUGAGAGAGAGACCAGGAAACGGAAGCUGGAGAGAGAGAUUGAGCUGGAGCAAGGCGACGAUUAUGUUCUGGAUCUACAGAAGAACUACGCAGAUAUAGCUGAAGAAGAGCGUCACGAUCCAAUCCCUGAGUUCUGGGAGGGACACAACGUUGCCGACUACAUCGAUCCAGACAUCUUCGAGAAACUGGCAGACCUCGAGAAGGAGGAAGAGCUCCGGACGGCGGGCGGCUUGUACGCCGUGCCUAAGAUCGAGCUUGACGAGACUAUGAAGGAGAUUCGCGAGCUCGCUAGACAGAUACGCAAUAAGAAGGCAGUCCUCAAAGACGAGUCACGCCUCAUCAAGCAGUCCACCAAGCCGGUUAUGCCGCGGACAAGUCGCGCGAGAGACCGCGACCGGUCCACUACGAAGCUCCGGGACGAGAUGGAGAAACUCGGCGUGGACAUGUCGGACACAAAGAAAGCCAACUUCACAAAGACACGCUCUCGCUCGCGCUCGCAGUCCGCCACCGUGGCCAAACGAGCAAGGGUGGACUCCCGCACCAGGUCCGUCAGCCGCCCCGCCAGAGACGAGCAAGGGGUCAAGGACGUGGCGAUGCAAAAGCGCGCGAAGAACCUCGCGCAUGUGGCUAUCGCGAAGAAGACGAAGAAAAUGGGUCUCAAGGGAGAGGCAGACAGAUUCAUCGGUACGAAGAAACCCAAGCAUCUGUAUGCGGGCAAACGAGGCAUCGGCAAGACGGACCGACGAUAGUACCGAACUGUGGUCAUCUACCUUUGUCAUCUUUAAGUGUCACACUUGUAUACAGUGUUUCAUCUUCCUUUAUGUAUGUUAAAAAUAAAGUGUAUUUUAACAUUAAA